UAGCCUAUAAAUAGUCGUCAUCAUCAUCAUCAAUUCAUCAGUCAUCACAGAGACCUAGAUAUAAAAAUGAGUUUUACAGAGCAACAAGAAGCCUUGGUGACUGAGGCAUGGGAGAUUAUGAAGCAAAAUGUUCCUCAACUUAGUUUUCGUUUCUUCACCAAGAUCUUUGAGAUUGCACCUGCGGCGAAGGGGAUGUUCUCAUUUAUGAUGGAUACAAAUGAGAUCCCGGAGAACAAUCCCAGGCUAAAGGUCCAUGCUAUGAAGGUCUUCAAGAUGACGUGUGAGUCGGCCGUUCAACUGCGGGAGAAGGGUGAGGUGGUGGUUGCCGAUAAUACUUUGAAGAACUUGGGAUCUGUACAUCUCAAGAAGGGAGUGAUCGAUGCCCAUUUCGGGGUGGUGAAGGAAGCUCUACUGAGGACGAUAGAAGAGGAAAUGGGGGAGAAAUGGAGUAAGAAUAUGGGCAAUGCAUGGGGUGAGGCCUAUGAUCACUUGGCUGCAGCCAUUAAAGCUGAGAUGGAGCAGGUAGCUUCAUGAGAUCGUGUGGGGUUUGUUGUCUUGAGAUGUGUGUGAAAUAAAUAUAUCUAGACUAGAUGGUUUCUCAUGCGUUCGGCACCUCUCUCUCUCUCCUCCCUAAAAAAUUUUCUCAAAUGAUGCAUUAAAUGCUUUGACUCA